AUGGCCCAUCGCCUUGUUAGUGUACCGAUGGAGAAAGAUGAGUACACGAUAGAGAAAGAAAAAAUUGAAAAAGCGGCCAAGUUAAACGGAUAUGACGAAGAUUUUGUGGAAAAAAUUAUCCGCACACACGAACGGAAACAACACAAACGCGAAGUCACCACUUUGCAACCAGAAAAAGAAAAUUUAGAGAGGAUCAGCUUGCCAUUCUACGCAAAAGUUACAAACCGGAUCAAAAACGCCCUUAAAAGGCACAGCUACCACGUAACUCACAAAAGUGAAAACAGACUACGUGAUCUUUUGUGUAACGCGAAAGAUAAAAUUCCGUCUAAUGAGAAGUCUGGAAUCUACAAAAUUGAAUGCCAGGAUUGUGCAGCUGUGUACAUUGGCCAAACACGGCGCAAGUUCAAAGUUCGUUUAAAAGAGCAUAAGAAAGCUGUGGCCAACAAACGAGCCAACGAGUCAAGUGUGGCAAGUCAUGCUAUUUCCCUCCAACACAAUGUCGAUUGGGAUAACGCGAAAAUUUUGAAAAAUAUUAGGAAAUCGUCGCAACUUAAUGCAUGGGAGUCGAUGCAUAUCAUGACAUCGGAACAGCCGCUUAUGAACGAGGAUGAUGCUCCCAUACUAUCGCCUCUCUUCCACCUCACCAAACUGAAAUUGUAA